AUGGCUCCCAUCAAGAACCUCCUCAUGGCCCUUUUCGUCGCUGCCGAUCUCGCAGCAGUCUCAGCCCACAGUGUUAUCACUAAUGCCGUCGGUGAUGCUGGUGGCUCUGGCAUGGCCCUUGGUGUUGAUACCUCAAUUCCUCGAGACGGAACUCGAAGACGCCCUUUCCAGCAGGAUGCAACCCGCUUCCGAGGGAACUCCGCAGAUACCGUCGGCGAAACCUUGUCUGCCGGUGAUAACGACAUCGAGCAGGGAACUUUGGACAUCAUGGAAGAGACAGGAUCGGAGCUUCCUCAGGUGAACCCCGGUGGUAGCCUCGAGAUGACGGUUCAUCAGGUCAACUCAGACGGUGCUGGUCCGUACACGUGCAUGAUCAAUGCCGACGGCACCGGUACAUCCUGGGAGAAUAUACAGGUGACAACUAAUGUCGCCGGCAAUGACCGGGGUCGCAACCGGGACGGCGAGAUGGGAGAUUUUCCUCUUGUUGCUUCUAUUCCUGCCGGGCAAAACUGUACUGGAACAGUCGCAGGCGAGGAUAAUGUCUGUCUUGUCCGCUGUCAGAACCCAGCUCGCGCCGGCCCAUUUGGUGGUGUGAUCCCGGUCCAGAUGGUCCAGGGCAAUGGCGGUAAUGCUGGAAAUGCUACUGAAACCGGAAACACUGGAAACACGGGCAAUACUGGUGCUGGCAAUGCGAAUGACAACGCCGAGGACACUGCCAACGAUACCACUAACGACACCACCAAUGGCGGUGCCAACGGGAACGCAAACGGUAACAACAAUGGCAACGCCAAUGAUAAUGGCAAUGAUGAUGAAGACGAGGAUGAGGAGGAUGAGACUGAUGCUAGCACUCGCAACAACCGCCGUGCCACUCGCUUCUCUGCCUAA